CCGCUCCUUGGUAGAGAGCGCCUCAGAAACGUUUGCAGACGGACAUUUUGGCUUGAGGCGGACCUCUAAUUUCUUUCCUUAUUCUUUGUAUCGUCACGGGUUGUAUGAACACUGCUCGUUUUCAUGUGUGGUAAUGUAGCAGCCGUUCAACCGGGCUUUAUAAGGUUGGUGAAGAAUACGUUUAUUAAAGGACAACACUGUGGAAUUCCCAGUACCAGUGUGGUUGUGCGUUUUUGGCUGCCUGAUAAGUAUGCCCGCUGCCUCCUCUUCACCACCGAACACAACCCAGACGUUACAAGUUCUAGAGUUGCAGUAUGACCCGCCGUGUGGCAGUGAUUGGUGCAGGGGCUUCAGGUCUGGUCUGUAUCAAGAGUUGUUUGGAUGAGGGGCUGGAGCCUGUCUGUUUCGAAAGCAGCAAUGAUAUUGGUGGCCUGUGGAGGUUUAAGGAGAAUCCAGAGCCAGACAGGGCCAGCAUCUACCACUCUGUCAUCAUCAACACAUCAAAGGAGAUGAUGUGUUUCAGUGACUAUCCCAUCCCCGCACACUUCCCAAACUUCAUGCACAACUCCCUCAUCAUGGACUACUAUCGGAUGUAUGCCGACCACUUCCAGCUCCUCAAGCACAUACACUUUAAUACCAAAGUCUUGCAGGUGAAGCAGAAAUCAGAUUUUUCUCAUUCAGGCGAGUGGGUUGUUGAAACAGAGAACAAAGAUGGCAAAAAGGAGAAGCACAUUUUUGAAGCUGUGAUGAUCUGUAUUGGACAUCACUGCCAUCCCAACAUGCCUCUCCAUGACUUUCCAGGCAUUGAAACUUUCAAGGGGAAGUAUUUCCACAGCAGAGACUACAAGACUCCAGAAGAGUGGAGGAAUAAAAAGGUCGUAGUGAUUGGAAUUGGAAACUCUGGAGGAGACAUAGCAGUGGAACUGAGCAGAGUCACCAAGCAGCUUUACCUGAGCACUAGAAGGGGAGCCUGGAUUCUGAACAGAGUUGGAAACAAUGGGGUGCCUAUUGACCUUCAUUUUAAUAGAGUGAAAGGUUUUCUAAGAAAGACUCUUCCCUUUGGUGUUUCCUGUAGUCUGAGGGAGAGACGGCUCAACCAAAGAUUUGAUCACACGUUGUACAAUCUAAAGCCGAAGCACAGGCUGUUCAGCCAACAUCCCACAGUGAAUGAUGAUCUUCCCAACCGCAUCCUGUCUGGAACAGUUCAGGUGAAACCCAACAUCCACAGAUUCCGUGGUUCCACUGUGGAGUUUGAUGAUGGAAGUGUAGUGGAAGAUGUUGACUUGGUGGUGUUUGCUACAGGUUACCGGUUUUCCUUCCCAUUCCUGGCUUCACAGGUGGUCUCGGUGUCUGACAACAAAGCAUCUCUGUACAAAUACGUGUUUCCUCCUGAGCUGGAAUGCCCUACACUAGCUAUCAUUGGUCUAGUGCAGCCUCUGGGAGCCAUCAUGCCCAUCUCUGAGAUGCAGGCCAGAUGGGCCACACGUGUCUUUAAAGGCUGCAUAAAGCUUCCUCCAGUAGCUGGCAUGCUAAAAGAUAUCCAGUGCAAGCAGGAGGCCAUGGCUCAAAGGUAUGUCGCUAGUCAGAGACACACCAUCCAGGUGGACUACAUCAACUACAUGGAUGAGAUAGCAGAGCUGCUGGGAGUUCGGCCCAACAUCCUAAGAUUGCUGCUAACUGAUCCCCGGCUGGGACUGAAUGUGCUGUUUGGUCCCUGCACUCCAUACCAGUUUCGUCUCAAGGGGCCAGGAAAGUGGGCUGGAGCCCGUCAGGCCAUCCUCACUCAGUGGGAGAGAAUAGCCCAACCCAUGCAGACCAGGCCAUGUGAUGAGCCCAAACCCAAGAGUUCGUAUACAUGGCCUCUGCUUCUGUCUGCUGCUGCUGUAGGCUUGGCUGCCUACAUUAACAGGAACAACCUUCCAGCUUUGCUACAGGAUCCUGCUGCUUUAGUGGAAAAGGUUAAAAUGUACCUGCCUACAAAAUGAUAGAUUCCUAAUUGAUCAGUCUCAGCUUUGAUUACUCUUUUAAUACCGGUACACAUAAGCUAGGUUUUUGCAACAACUUCUGGAUUGGAAAAUUUACUGAGCUGAAGUCCACCUGGCCAUCCUGACUCAGUGAAGGAGUAAUUCAGCCUCUAAUGACCACAGGACAGACCCGAGAGUCAUAGUUUCAUGGUUAAUGAAGUGGCUGCAGAUAGAAUGGAUUUUUAAUGAUGAAAGGCAUGAAACCAUUUUUAAAAUAUCCAUGAUGGAUUUGUUAAAGUCUGCACAAUAAUCUGAACAGAAGUGUAGCUUU